UUGCCUGGGACUGCUGUGUGGAAGCAGGGAGCAGCGAAGGGGUCCUCCUCCUCUUCUCGGCUUGUAGCUUUAUGGAGGCGCGUUUCACUCCUCCACAUGCAUGGGACUAAAGGACUGGACUUUACCGGUGAACUAACCUGUACUAAUGCAGAACCGAGCCGCAGCUCAGCCAGCUUAAGAACAGUCCUCUUAAGGAGGAAUGCCAGCUCCUGAGCAGAGCACAGUGACGGAGGAGGGGCUUCUGCUGACCAUCCGCGACAGAUCAACUGGUCGCAACAUGGAGGCUGAAAACACCGCCAACAACAUCCUGGCAUCGGUCAAGGAACAGGAGCUGCAGUUUGAGCGGCUAACCAGGGAGCUGGAAGUGGAGAGGCAGAUUGUGGCCAAUCAGCUGGAAAGAUGCAGACUCGGGGACGAGUCGCCAGGCGCUGGUAGCAGCAGCUCGUCUGAGAAGUCCCUGCCCUGGAGGACUGCAGAUGCCUCAGCCUUGGGGGACACCAAGUCUCGGAUGACUGACAGCUCCCAGUCGCCCAGCUACCGCAUCAGGACCGAGUCAGAGCAGGUGUACUCCCCGGAGCAGUCCUCCCUCCAUGAAAGUGAGGGGUCCACAGGGAAUUCCCGUAGCUCGACUCAGAUGAACUCCUACUCGGACAGUGGCUACCAGGAUGCCAGCAGUGGCUAUGUCAGCAGCCAGAACCUGGGCAAGGCUGAGCUGAGAAUGCAGCACUCCUUCCCUGGCGCCGGCACUGGUACCCUGUUGAGGAACGCCAGGGCUGAGGGCCAGGCUUCAACGCAGGUUCCAGCAGCGACAGCAGCAGUGCCAGGACGUGCUAUGCGGAGGGUAAGCUCAGUGCCUUCUCGCUCUCACUCACCAGCCUAUGCCAGCAGUAUAUCCCCCUCCCGAGGCUCCCUGCGUACCCCAGUUGGAAGUUCCUACGGCUCCCCCAUCGUAACGGAACCCAAACCCCUCUCCAGCAUCUUCUCCACGACCUUGCCCUCUCAGCGCACCAGUAACACUGGCGUCGGGGGCAGUAUUUCACCCUACUCUACGCAAAAAAACUCCCCCGCUGCACUGCGACGCAUGGGCUCCACGAACUCCCGAUCGGGCAGCGCAAGCCGCACAACCUCACCUUAUCAGGCAUCAGCGGGUUCGUCAUCAGGUCGCAUGGGCUCGCCUCUGACAAUGGCGGACGGCAUCAACCCUCCACUGACGAAGCAGCUCACGCACUCAUCGUCCCCGGUCAGGGCCAGUAUGACUGCGGUGCCCCAGCACUACAGCUCCACUCUGCCCCGCUCCAUGAUCCAAAACACGGACCCCUACGGACCCCAGAGUUAUGACAUAUAUGAGAGGAUGACGCGACCUGACAGCCUAACAGACGCCUUGGUUGAUGAUGAGGUUCAAGGAAUGCGGAGCUCAUAUGCCAGUCAGCACAGCCAGCUGGGCCAGGACUUAAGGUCAGCCAUGUCCCCAGACCGCCACAUUGCCCCAAUCUACGAGGAUCGGACGUUUCAGGGCCCGCUGUACCGCAGCCCGAGCCACAACCAGCAGGGCACCCUCUACAGGAGCACCUCAGGUGUGGGAAGUCUCAAGCGGUCAGCCAGCCAGCGCAGUGCCAUGAUCUACCAAAGAAACAACUACGCUCUUAACACAACAGCAAACUACGCUGAUCCCUACCGCACAGCAACGUACAGGCCCUCUGAUCCAAACUACACUCGCCAGCCUGUUGUCAUGGACGAUGGUGCUACCCGCUCUCCCUCCAUAGACAGCAUUCAGAAGGAUCCCAGGGAGUUUGCUUGGCGUGACCCCGAGCUGACAGAGGUGAUCCACAUGCUGCAGCACCACUUCCCCUCAGUGCAGGCAAACGCAGCUGCUUACCUGCAGCACCUGUGCUAUGGUGAUAAUCGAAUUAAAGCUGAGGUGUGUCGACUGGGAGGAAUUAAACAUCUGGUGGAUCUGCUAGACCACAAGGUUCUUGAAGUUCAGAAGAACUCUUGUGGAGCUCUGAGAAACCUGGUUUAUGGCAAAGCCAUGGACGAAAACAAGACGGCUGUGAGGAACGCAGGAGGAAUCCCAGCUCUGCUCCGCCUGCUCAGGAAGACUGUCGAUGCAGAAGUGAGGGAGCUUGUCACAGGGGUGCUGUGGAACCUGUCGUCAUGUGACAACGUCAAGAUGACAAUCAUUCGGGACGCCUUAACGACUCUGACCAACACUGUGAUCAUCCCUCACUCUGGAUGGAGCAGCUCGACCUUUGACGAUGACCACAAGCUGAAGUUUCACUCCUCCCUCGUGCUGAGGAACACCACAGGCUGUUUGAGGAAUCUGAGUUCAGCUGGUGAAGAAGCCAGAAAACAGCUGCGCUCUUGUGAGGGUCUGGUUGACUCACUACUCUACGUCAUCAAAGCCUGUGUAAACACCUCUGACUUCGACAGCAAGAUUGUGGAGAACUGUAUUUGCACUCUAAGAAACCUGUCAUAUCGUCUGGAGCUGGAGAUACCGCCAUCCCGACUGACGGGGGGGCAAGAGCUGGAUGGCUUAUUGGGCAGUGAGUCUCCCAGUAAAGAGAUGGACUCAAGUUGCUGGGGCAGGAAGAAAAAGAAGAAAAAAAAGAGCUUGACUGAAGACACAUGGGACGGUGUUGGACCAAUCCCAGGCUUCUCUAAGUCUCCCAAGGGGGCAGAGAUGCUAUGGCACCCUGCGGUGGUGAAGCCCUAUUUGACAUUGCUGGCUGAGAGCUCAAAUCCCGCCACCCUGGAGGGCGCCGCUGGAUCCCUUCAGAACCUGUCAGCCGGCAACUGGAAGUUUGCAGCAUACAUUCGUGCAGCAGUGCGCAAGGAGAAGGGACUGCCCAUCCUCGUAGAGCUGUUGCGGAUGGAUAACGACAGGGUGGUAUGUUCGGUUGCCACUGCACUGAGAAACAUGGCACUGGAUGUAAGGAACAAAGAGCUCAUAGGGAAGUAUGCAAUGAGGGACCUGGUCAACCGUCUCCCUGGGGGGAACACCACCCUGCUGUCGGACGAGACUGUGGCGGCCAUCUGUUGCACCCUGCACGAGGUCACCAGCAAGAACAUGGAGAACGCCAAGGCCCUGGCUGAUACGGGCGGCAUCGAGAAGCUGGUCAACAUCACCAAGGGCAGAGGAGACAGGUACUCCAUGAAGGUGGUUAAAGCAGCUGCUCAGGUGCUGAACACACUGUGGCAGUACCGGGAUCUACGUACUAUUUAUAAGAAAGAUGGAUGGAACCAAAACCAUUUCCUCACUCCUGUGUCAACACUUGAACGAGACCGCUUCAAGUCCCAGCCCACCCUCCCUACCAGCACUAUUCAGAUGUCCCCAGUCAACCACCCUGCUGCCAGUGCCACGUCGUCUCCUGCCAUGCUGGGCAUCAAAGAGCAUAGAGACCCUAUCAGAGAUUAUCAGAGAGCACAGUCAACUAUGCAAUUUUAUAAUUACCAAGGGGACAACAGCAUACAUAAAAACCAGUAUACAGGGUCUGCAAAGCCUUCUCCAUAUUACUACCCAUCCCCGACCCGAGAGGAGCCCAGAAGAACACAGCCGAUGUAUUUUACAGACGAGCAGAGCAGGAGGAACUACGAUACAUACAGGAUGUACGUGCAGCACCCACAUGGCUACGACGACCCAUACCUAGAGGAGGUCAUUACCUACCCGCCCACAGUGGACUACAGCUCCACACCUCAUGGACUUAAAACCACCACCAACUACGUGGACUUUUACGCUAGCACACGGAGGCCUUCCUACAGGGCGGAGCAGUACCCGGGCUCGCCAGACUCCUGGGUAUAGGUCUGAAGGUGCUCCUUUGUCGAGAUCAACAACACCCUUUUUACUCCUCAGUGCUGGGAGGAGGGUGUUUCUCCAGCCUUCAGCGGGCGAGGAGGAGCAGGAAACACAAACAAACUGACAAACCUUUUCAUGAACUUGGCUUUAUAAGUGUGUUUGUUUUAAAGUGAAUGUGCGAGGAUGGAGGGGAGUUCAGCAGAGCGAUAACAGAUGGAAAGAUGGAAUGUGUGCCAAAGAAGGAAACAAAGGAAUGUUUUUUUAAAUUAUUUUUUAUUUAGUUGAACAAGAUGGAAUCAUGCUUUGGAGGGGAGGGGCGUCUGUUGAGGGCAGAUACUGGACAUUACGGUGAUGAGGCGUGCGUCCUGAUCUGUGUAGAUGUUAGUUUUUAUUUCUUUAUGAAAUCUUAGCUGUGAUAGCAUGGUGAAAGGCGUGAGUCAUGUGUGCGAGGGUCAGCGAAAAGAAUCAAGAUGGGGAAUGUGUAUGUGCCGAAGCCAAUAUGGAUCAUGAACUCAUAUCUGUAAAAAGAAAUAAUAGUAAAAACAUGAUGUUAGAUUGUACAGAGGGAACAAGUUGUAUCUGUACUUAUUGUCAAAGCUGUGUAAUGCCAUCAAGUCUUGUACAUUUCUUUCAUUCUCUUGUAAAUACAGAAAAAAACCCAUGUUACCUGGUUUACACUCAUCAGCACUGGUUAAAAAAAGAAACUUGUGCCAUGUUAAAUCUCUAUAGAUAUAUAAAUAUAAGAAGAAAAAAGUGAACAAAGAUGGCAGCAUAACACAACCACACUAAAAUAAUAAAAGGUCAGUUUUGUUUUUUAAA